AUGGACACAUCUUCAGGCGAUGGCGAUGGUCCACAGCAUCGAGGGACCGCUGUUACCGCAACCAGCAACGCCCACGCACAGGUUGCCGGCAGUGAAAUUUUAGAGAAGACAACACUCCGAAGUUUGAUUUCCAUAGACCAACUCUACCGUGAGAACGGCCCGCUCUCACAACUCAACCAUGAACUCUAUGACAAAGUACCAAACAGCAAUCUGAGACACCUUCAGAAGAAUGAGAUCCUGACUUUGAUGCUCAACGAAGUAGCUGUCCUCAAGGGACGUGGCUUUUUCCAACAUCUUCGUAAUCGGGAAAGCUGGCUCAAAAAACCACCUGUGACCAUCUGCCCAGAAAGCCGAGCUUCGACCGCACCAGGCAUUGUCUACAUGGAUAUAGAGUGGACAUCAGAAGCUCAGAGCAGAUUCCAUGGUCGAUCAGUCCGUUCUAAAUACCUGGAUUCGGACGCCUUGAUAAACACCCCAAAUGAUUCAACGCCGAUGUACGCAUUGCAAUGUGUUGAACAUGCUACUUUUCCCAUCUAUGUUCCGUCGACACCAAACAUCGUCGUGAUCCUUACGCCAGAAGAUUACUAUCUCGCAACUUCUUCUGACCUGGAGAAGUCAUUCGGCGCUUGGCCACGCCAGAAACGCAAACCGAGAGGACCAGAUCCUGAGAAGAGGCUGGCUUCGAUCUCGAAACUCUGGACGGGAACGGAGGAGCAACAAGCUGCUAUUAAGGCUGAGAGGGCGAUGGUCGAAGUCACAAUCACUGAAGAUAUCUACAAGACUGUUGUUGAAUGGUGUGCAACAGGAGUCAUUCACCCGACAUUCGAUGCGUAUCACAUGUUGAAGUCCGUUCCUAGGCCUACUCAACCUUCAGCAGGUAUUGCGCUUGGCGUGCCCUUUCAAACAAAUGCUCCAUUGAUUGGAACUGGCGUUGAAAAAUCUGACCCACCAAGUAGAAGGGGUGGCAAAAAACGAAGUGCUUCAGCGGCGGAGUAA